AUGUCCAUGCUGCCCACCUUCGGCUUCACGCAGGAGCAAGUGGCGUGCGUGUGCGAGGUGCUGCAGCAGGGCGGCAACAUCGAGCGGCUGGGCCGCUUCCUGUGGUCGCUGCCCGCCUGCGAGCACCUCCACAAGAAUGAAAGCGUGCUCAAAGCCAAGGCGGUGGUGGCCUUCCACCGCGGCAACUUCCGGGAGCUCUACAAGAUCCUGGAGAGCCACCAGUUCUCGCCGCACAACCACGCCAAGCUGCAGCAGCUGUGGCUCAAAGCGCACUACAUCGAGGCGGAGAAGCUGCGCGGCCGGCCCCUGGGCGCUGUGGGCAAAUACCGCGUGCGCCGCAAGUUUCCGCUGCCGCGCUCCAUCUGGGACGGCGAGGAGACCAGCUACUGCUUCAAGGAAAAGAGUCGCAGCGUGCUGCGCGAGUGGUACGCGCAUAACCCCUACCCCUCACCGCGCGAGAAGCGCGAGCUGGCGGAGGCCACGGGCCUCACCACCACGCAGGUCAGCAACUGGUUUAAGAACCGGCGGCAGCGCGACCGGGCAGCCGAGGCCAAAGAAAGAGAAUCUACCCAAGAUUUCAAGUCUCCAAAUCUGGUUGGGGCUGUCAGUCAAAGGCAGAGCAGAAGGCAAGGAGGACAUUACUGUGCUGGCUGGGUGAUUGGUCCUGACUACCGAGAGGAAAUGGGACUGUACUCCACAGGGGAGGAGAUCCCUGCAGCUCCAGCUACUGGCCGCAGGGCCAAAAACCGCCAUGAGCUAAAUGGCCCCUUUGCUAUCUCCUCCCAAACUGGCUUCAACCUCAGCAGCUGCAUCAGUGAGAAAAAGGCCAUCUAG